UCGGAUGGGUAUUCUUUGUUCAUGGUUUACCAAUUAGUUUUAUAUAUUAAUAGAGGCAAUGGCCAAUUUUGAGCGUUGGCUUCCUGUUCUGGUUUGUUAUCCAUUCUUCAUGUAGCUGAAGUCUUGCUGGCUUUCUUUGUCCUUCAGGAAGAAAUUUCUUACCUGGAUCUCUUGUGUUUUCUAGGAUUCGUAUCAGUACUGAGGUUAGAACACUAGAGUUCAGCUUUAUGCUAUCCUUUUAUAGGACAAGACAGGGUCGGUUAGUUCCAUCUCUCAUACUGAAAUGAAAAAUUGAGACAUGGAAUGCAAUGAAGAUGAUGAACUCCCUGUAGCCCCUUAUGCUUCCUUAACACAGUGCUUUCACUAUCCUUCUCCAACCCAGAGACCUAUCCUGACCUCAACAAUGGAAACUGGUGAAGGCCAUAAUUUGACCCAUCUGGACCAACCUCAUAGUUUACACCACAUUCCAUUUUUCUGCUCUCAAUUGCACCUUCCAAGCAACAGCCACGACCCAAUUCAAAUCCCACUCCAUAAACCCUCUCCCAACACAUCAUCAAACAGUAACAACAAUAACAACUCCGAUGAAGCAAAGGCUCUCCUUGAUGACAGAAAGAAGAAAAGAAUGUUCUCCAACAGAGAAUCUGCUCGCAGGUCUCGCAUGCGAAAGAAGCAACAAAUUGAAGUCCUGCAGUAUCACGUGGAUCAUCUGCAGACACUAAACCAUCAACUGUCCCAAAAGAUCAUUUACUUGCUUGAAUGUAACCAACAAAUCCAUCAACAGAAUGCUCAGCUAAAAGAAAAAGUUUCCUCUCUUCAGGUAGCACUCUCUGACUUGUUGGUUCCUGCAGGAGGUGCCGAGCAACCUCACCACAUCUCUAACGGCUUCCUAGCCGAGCCUUCUUCAACUAGACCAAUUGCAAGUUCUCGAGCAUAGCCAUAUGUGCUGUAAGAACAGUUAUGAGCAUUUGAGUGAGAAUCUGAUGCACGCUUUUUGGCCUCAAGUUCUGGUUCGUUUCAGCGAUGCAGUCGUAUGGAAAUCUAACUCACAGGUAAAUAUUAUAUGAUAUAGUUUUUUCCUACUUCCCAACUGGCUAAUGCAGCAUCAGAAGUUUGACUUGUGCAGUUGAGAAGUGGCGAAUAUUGCUUAAUAUGACAAUUUUAUAAUAUUUGUGAUCCGAUACUAUGUAUGUCCAGUAAUAUAAUGUUGAUUUGAUACUCUACUACCAUGGGAUUAACAUAUAUAAUAUACUGAAUAUCUGUUGAAUUAA